GGACAGAUAAGCUGUCCCUUUUGUCUCUUCCAUCUUCAUUUCAUCCAUUCCUCUACCUAAACUAAGAGAACCCAUUUUUGCAUUGGUCACUUUUAUAAAUAUACUAUACACAGUACUCAAAUUCCCAUCAUUUUACUCUGAUCAUUGUCUUAUUUCAAAUGGGUUCAAGAACAAGAAGGAAGCAAAGAUGGUGCACACAAACCUUAACUCCAUUGUUGGAAGGCCCAGACCCAGACAUGCAAGAAGAAGGUAACAAAAAGGAGAGUUCAUGGGAAAUAAUUCGCGAAUGGUUUCGACUGCAAAAGGGUUUCUCUGGUACCAAUAAUAAUUUUUCAUCAAUAUCACCAUAUGGGAGCUUUUCACCAGCCAAUAAAGGGCAAGACUUGAGGCUUUUGCUUGGCGUUCUUGGGUGUCCACUUGCCCCAAUCCCUCUUGUAAGCGACCCCAUUCACCGCAUUCACAUUAAGGACAUUCCUAUGGAAAAUUGCAUAGCGCAUUAUAUCAUACAACAGUAUUUGGCUGCGACGGGAUGCUUAAAGAGAGAAAAAAGCGUAAAAAACAUGUACGCAACAGGAAGUGUGAAAAUGAUACGAUGUGAGACAGAAAUUUCAUCAGGAAAGAAUGUGAAGAGCUUAGGGACAAGAAGUGGAGAAAAUGGGUGCUUCGUAGUUUGGCAAAUGUUGCCUGGAAUGUGGUCUCUUGAAUUAGUUGUCGGAGGUAAUAAGGUUAUUGCUGGAAGCGAUGGCAAGACCGUCUGGCGUCACACUCCUUGGCUCGGUACUCACGCUGCCAAAGGACCUCAACGCCCUUUACGUCGCAUAAUCCAGGGCCUAGACCCGAAGAGCACAGCCAAUCUAUUUGCAAAAGCGCAAUGCUUGGGCGAGAAAAGAAUCGGCGAAGAUGAUUGCUUCGUAUUAAAAGUAGCAGCCGAUCGUGCGGCUGUGAUGGAAAGGAGCGAAGGAGCAGCUGAAGUACUUAGACAUGUAUUAUAUGGGUAUUUUUGCCAGAAAAGUGGUCUCCUAAUAUACUUAGAAGACUCACAUCUUACAAGAGUACAAACCCCAGAAAAUGAUACCAUCUACUGGGAAACCACUAUAGGAAGUAGCAUUGGAGAUUACAGAGAUGUUGAUGGAACUUUAAUUGCUCAUCAGGGAAGAUCAAUUGCUACAGUUUUCCGGUUCGAAGAAGAGUCUGUUCAACAUAGCAGGACUAGAAUGGAAGAAAUCUGGAGGAUUGAUGAUGUUGUGUUUAACGUUCCAGGGCUUUCUUUGGACUAUUUCAUUCCUCCUGCUGAUAUAUUUGAUGUUUCUCCAUAAUUAACUCAUUUUAGUUAAUUAUAAAUUGACUUAAUUUUGUUCUUAUUCUCUAAUUAUAAUCAUAAUACUAUUGGUGGGUUUAUGGUGUACUACUUUCAUUUUAAGUGUAGUAUUUCAUUGGCUUCAA